CAUACGUACGUCACUCGUGUCGAGUCAGUCGUCGUAGCGUGACGUUCAUCAAAAUGGAUCAAUUUGAACCAACGGAGCACCAGCAUGUCAGAUACAAUCCAUUAAAGGACGAAUGGAUCUUAGUAUCACCUCACCGCUGCAAGCGACCUUGGAGCGGACAGACAGAACAAGCGGCUGAGGAACCACCACCAGAUGUCAACAACCCUUUACGAGCUGGUGCUGUUAGGUCUAACGGACAGCGUAAUCCAAACUACACGUCAACUUAUGUGUUCCCGAACGAUUUUCCCGCGCUUCUGCCGAAAGUUCCGGAACCAUCGCCACCGGAACAUCCGUUAUUCCAAGCCGGACCUGCUAAAGGAACAUGCAGAGUGAUGUGCUUCCAUCCAGACUCAUCUAUGACAUUACCGCUAAUGUCUGUGGAAGAAAUACUGGCUGUUAUUGAAGAAUGGGUAUCUCAAGUGACGGAGCUGGGUCGCCGCUACACGUGGGUGCAGGUGUUCGAGAACAAGGGUGCGGUUAUGGGUUGCUCCAAUCCACACCCACACUGCCAGAUCUGGGCAUCUAGUUUCCUACCCAACGAACCCAGGGUUAAGGAUAGAUGUCAAUUGGAUUAUUAUAAAAAAUAUGGGAAAUCGAUGUUAGUGGACUACGUCGAAAAAGAGCUGGAGCAAAAAGAACGAAUAGUGAUACAAAAUUCGGAAUGGGUGGCAUUGGUGCCGUACUGGGCGGCUUGGCCUUACGAAACAAUGGUGUUACCACUAAAUGGCACCCCGCAGAGGAUGACAGACUUGAACGCAGAACAGAAGAGAGGAUUAGCUGAGAUCAUGAAAGAAUUGACUACUAAAUAUGAUAAUCUAUUCCAAUGCAACUUCCCUUAUAGUAUGGGAUGGCAUGGCGCACCCACAGGACCAUCUUCGACCCCUGGAGAUUCACCCCAUUGGUUAUUACACGCUCUCUAUCUACCCCCGCUGCUGCGCUCCGCUAGCGUGAAGAAGUUCAUGGUGGGCUAUGAAAUGUUGGCGCAGCCGCAAAGAGAUUUAACACCAGAACAAGCUGCGGGGAAACUAAGAGAGUGUAGUAAUGUGCAUUAUAGGAAUAAAAAGGAAUAA